AUGAAACGCCUUAUUUGUCCGCUUCCCAAAAUUAUUCCCUUGAGAACUGAUUUUUCAAAAGUACAAUGGCUGCUGCACGCUCCAGUAUACGGAGUCUCGCCAUUGAUAUCCAUAACGAGAUAUAUUCACCCCGUACUUAAGAUUUGUGAAAAUGACAAUUCAAUUUAUGACCUCGGGUAUGACAAGUUAACUAAAUACAAAUACAACGUUACCAAAAUAUUAGCAGGAUGUAAUGAAAAUAUAUUACAACAUAUUUGGACAUUCGACAAGAGCACUGUUACUGAUGGCCCGAUGAAAGAUUUAACCAUUAUCAAUAUCGAUGACAAUCAAGUGAGUCAUUGCGGAAGUGGCGUCAUUUUUGUUGCUUGUACCGACGUCAUUUUAGUGCUGAAUGGUUUUGAUGGGAAUUUAUUGAAAAUAAUUCGUGGCUUUCAUUGCUUAGAGUGUAUUGAAUUGGAUGGAAAUAGAAAUCUGUUGGUUUGUGAAUAUUACAAGAACCACAUACUCGUAACCAGAGAUGGAUAUGUAAUAAUGAAGAUUAGACGAAUGAUUGACCAUUAUGUUCAAUUUCUUCUCCAUGAUCGCUCAUCCAAUAAUAUGAUAUUGAUUUAUAGCAACAAACUCUAUCCUAAAUUUGAUGUAAUUCAAAUACUUAGCCCAAAUGGAAGAGUUGUUUUGGAAAGAAAAAUUGAUUUUUGUGCUUCGGUGCUUGUUUAA